AUGACCAUCCUCAGGGAGCGCGGCUACUCCUUCACUACCACGGCGGAGCCAGAGAUCGUCAGGGACGUCAAGGAGAAGCUCGCCUACGUCUGCCUCGACUUCGACGCCGAGCUCGACAGGUUCAGCCGGACCAACGGCACCGACAACACCAAGAGCUACGAGCUCCCCGACGGGCAGGUGAUCACCGUGGGCACGGAGCGGUUCCUGUGCCCCGAGGUGCUGUUCCGGCCGUCGCUGGUCGGGAUGGAGUCGCCCGGGAUCCACGAGACCACCUACAGCUCCAUCACCAGGUGCGACGUGGACAUCCGCAGGGACCUCUACGGCAACGUCGUUCUCAGCGGCGGCACCACCAUGUUCCCUGGCAUCGCGGAGCGCAUGAGCAGCGAGAUCGCCGCGCUCGCGCCGCCCAGCAUGAAGGUCAAGGUGGUGGCGCCGCUGGAGAGGAAGUACAGCGUCUGGAUCGGCGGCUCCGUCCUCGCCUCGCUCAGCACCUUCCAGCAGAUGUGGAUCUCCAGGGAAGAGUACGACGAGACAGGUACCGGGAUCGUGCACCGCAAGUGCUUCUAG